UAUUCUAUAUAUAUACAUAUAUGCCACUCAGUUCUCUCUUCAUGUAAAAGUUCUGUUUUGAGCGAAAUUUAGACUCUUACACACUCAAAAUAUAGUAAUAUAUACAUACAAAUAUAUAUAGAGAGAGUGAGAGAAGGAAAUGGAGACGAAGGUGGAAGCCAUGGAGAAUGGAGAUGAGAAAGUCGAAGAACUCAAAGAGCUCAACUACAGAGGAGUUAGAGCCAUGCCUUAUGUCAUAGGAAACGAGACGUUUGAGAAGCUAGGAACCAUCGGGACAUCGACAAAUCUACUCGUAUAUCUAACGACAGUAUUUAAUAUGAGGUCGAUAACAGCUACUAAUCUUAUCAACGUAUUUGCUGGUACUUGCAACUUUGGUACUCUUAUUGGAGCUUUUCUCUCUGACACUUAUUUCGGUCGAUACAAGGUCUUGGGAUUCGCAUCCGUAUCAUCUUUUCUGGGAAUGCUUGUGCUGACGUUAACCGCAGCAGUCACAAAGCUUCAUCCUCCUAAUUGUGUAGAAGCUCCAUGCGUCGGAGCAACGGCCUGGCAAAUGGUUUUCUUGUUGACCGGUUUCUUGUUUCUGAUCAUCGGAGCAAGCGGAAUCCGGCCAUGUAACUUAGCCUUCGGCGCCGACCAAUUCAACCCGAACACAGAAUCCGGCCAACGGGGAAUCGCCAGUUUCUUCAACUGGUACUACUUCACCUUCACUUUCGCCAUGAUGGUAUCAUUGACAGUUAUCGUCUACGUUCAAGCAGAUGUUAACUGGGCAAUCGGAUUAGGCAUUCCAACGUUCCUUAUGUUCUUGUCAUGUGCUGUGUUUUUUAUCGGCACGAGUAUCUACGUCAAAGUGUUGCCGGAAGGCAGCCCUUUAACCAGCAUCUGUCAAGUCCUCGUCGCCACCGUGAAGAAGCGGGAUCUGGCGUUUCCCGAUGAACCUGCAACCUCACUCUUCAAUCACGUUUCUUCCAAAUCCAUCAACUCAAAACUUCCUUACAGCAAACAACUCAGGUUUCUAAAUAAAGCAGCGAUCAUAACUUCGGAAGAUAUAGUUAACUCCGAUGGGUCUUCCGGAAACCGGUGGACGCUUUGUAGUAUACAACAAAUAGAAGAAGUGAAAUGUGUGAUCAAAACUAUUCCGAUUUGGGUAUCUUGCAUAAUCUACAAUGUUUCAAUUAACCAAAUGCAAACCUACACAGUGUUUCAAGCUUUACAAUCCGACCGGCGACUCAGGCCAAGUUCAUUUCAGGUUCCGGCAGCUUCAUACACCGUCUUCCAAAUGCUAGCACUCACCAUAUGGAUCCCAAUCUACGACCAAAUAGUAGUUCCAUGCCUCCGGAGAAUAACACACAAACGACAAGGGAUUUCUCUUCUCCAAAGAAUAGGAGUAGGAGCAGGCAUCGCCAUUAUAACGAUGCUUGUUGCAGGUUUAGUAGAAACGAGAAGAAGAGAUGAGGCACAUUCAAUGCCAACAGUUGGGUUUGAAAAAGGAAAAGGUGCGAUUUCAGCAAUGCCGGGUUACUGGUUAAUAUUUCAGUUAUCAAUAGCUGGGCUCUCAGAAGCGUUUGCGAUUAUCGGAUUCAUUGAGUUUUUCUACAAACAGUUUCCUGAAAACAUGAGAAGUUUCGCAGGUUCGUUUUUGUUUUGUGGGUUUGCCAUGUCGAGUUACUUGAGCAGUUUCUUGAUAACUGUGGUUCAUAGAACGACUAAUGAAGGUGGGUCGAGAAAUUGGUUAGCUGAAGACCUUAACGAAGCUAAGUUAGAUUAUUUUUAUUAUUUAUGCACGGGUUUGGAGGUGUUGAACUUUAUAUACUUUUUGAUUGUGGCAAAAUCGUAUAAAUACAAAGGAGCCGGAGAUGAAGCCGAUGAUGUGCCAUUAGAAGAAAUGCCUGCCCAGAAACAUAUCGCUUAAACAUAUGGUUGAAAUGACUAUUGUACCCAAAGAUGUAAAUGUUGGCAUCCAAUUGAUACGAUCCAAGUGUGGGUUCAAAAGGGUUUACGAUGAAAUAGUAGUUUAAUGAUUGAUCAUUAUUGGAAUUCGGGUUUAGUUUGGACUUUAAACUAGAAUACUUAAAUUGUAUAAUUGGUGUUUAUCGACAAUAAUAAUGUGGGGUACUUUUGGUUU